AUGGAAGAGUUGGACAAGUUUGUUGUUGUCUUCAUUGAUGACAUCUUGGUCUACUCCAAGAUUGCCGAAGAACAUGAAGAGCACCUUAGGAUCAUGCUAGAGAAGGUGAGACAACAUCAGUUGUAUGCCAAAUUUAGCAAAUGUGAGUUCUGGCUUGAGAAAGUCACUUUUCUCGGCCAUGUAUUGACAGCGGAGGGAGUUGUUGUUGAUCCAGAGAAAGGUGAGGCCGUGUUAGAAUGGAAGCAGCUGAAGAAUGUGAUGGAAAUGAGAAGCUUUCUUGGUUUGGUAGGGUACUCCAAGAUUGCAAAGCUGUUGACUAAACUGUUGAAGAUCAAUGUGCCAUUCAUGUGGUCUGACAAAUGUGAAGCUAGCUUCCAAGAGCUCAAAGCCCGACUUACUGCCACCCUAGUUCUGACUCUUCACGAAGUUAGAAAGGCUUUCAUGAUUGAGCAACCCGAGCUGCAUAAAGAGUUCAAGAAGCUGAAGCUUGAGAUCGUGGAGAGAGGGAAGUUGAAUGAGUUGAGGGUGAAAUACAAUUUGGAAGACGAAAUCCGACAAGCUCAAAAGAGUUGCCUGGAGAUCGAAGAACUGAAAGGUCUCAUGGCUAAAGGAUUGGCUCAAGAUUAUUGCAUCGAUGACCAAGGCACCAUUUGGCUGAAAGACCACAUAUGCGUACCACAAGACGGAGACAUCAGACAGGCCAUCCUAAAAGAAGCACAUGACUCCUGGUAUUCCAUUCACCUGGGAUGCACAAAGAUGUACCAAGACCUGAAGCAUUGCUUCUGGUGGGAGAAGAUGAAGGUGGACAUAGCUGAGUAUGUUGCCCGAUGUGAUACAUGCCAGAGAGUGAAAGCAGAACACCAGAGACCAAUGGGUUUGUUGAAGCCGUUGGACAUACCGGUCUAG